AUGGCAUAUUAUUCAGAUUGUCUCGGAGAUGAGAGGAACACUACAAACAGCAUGGAAAGUAUUCAAGAACCGAUAAGUAAUAUUUCCCAUCGAUUAGAUGAUUUAGCUCGGCAGCAAGAAGUAGUUUUUGAGGAUAGGCAUAGCUCUUAUGAUCCUUAUUCUAGAGGUCAUCCUUAUGUUGCUCCUACAUGCCAUAUUUGUGGAUUUCAGAGCCAUUCACCCGCCGAAUGUCAGCGUGGUUACUCUCACGCUCCCGAUUGUUAUGGCAUGAGCUUCGCCCCACAGCCAAGCUCAUACCAAAACAAUUACUCACAUGGGUGGCCUGAAAACCAGAAUAUGUCAUAUAGGAGCAACAACCCUGAGAUCUCAUCGUUUGCCUCUAGUUAUCCAAUGCAGGGAUUUAGGUACAACGAGGAGAGCCACAACUAUGCAUCACAACAAUUUUAUUCACCUCCUACUCAUAUACCUCAGCACCAGGAGAUGUUGCCAAUGGAGUUAAAUGGUCCUCCAUUUGGUCAACCAACAAUUCCAGCACCUGUCGUGCAAUCUCAUGUGCAAGUGCCCACACAAGAUGAGUUCGAUGACAUAGACAAGCUCACACUUUUGAGUCUCGAGUUCACUUGGAGUGCCGAGGAUGAUCCAAUUAGGCCAGUGAUACUAGAGGAAAUGAAGAAGAUCAAGAGUGGAAAAGAGCUGGUGGAAGAAGUCAGGAAAAUUGAGAAGAACAUCAAUGCUGGAAGUACUAUCUCCUCCCUCCUUGAGCUGAGUGUUGCCGAGAUUCCCCUUGAUACAUGUGAGGUUCCAACACCGUCACACCCAGCUGAGCAAGAUAGCGAGAGUCCAGAGGAAGAGAGACCUCAGAUUGAAGAUGAAUUAGAAGACAAGGAACAAGAUGAUCAAGAGCUGCAAUUCCCAAGUGAUCAAGAUGAAGAUCUGCUACCUAUCACUCAUGAAGAAGUAAAAGAAGCUGAUGUAGUUGAAGAUGAAGAACCUAAGAUUCAUUUUCCUAUUGUCAUACAAGAGCGUGAUAUAGCAGGUUUAUAUAAUCCUCUCGAUGACAUGCGUCCAUAUGAAUUGUUUGCUACUACCUUGCAUUGCAUGAUGUUAUCUAUUAAAGUAAAUUUGAAGAAGUGUUUGCUUGGAUAUGAUGAUACAUAUACUGUUGGUGGCAUUGCUCAUAUUAAUGAUGAUCACACUUAUUUUCCUCAUGCCAAACCUAUGCUUAAUGAUAAAUAUCAUCCUCAUGUUAGUAUUGAGCUUGCUGAUUCCUAUCAUACUCGCCAUGUUCUUUAUAGCUAUGCUUAUGUAAUUGGGUACUCUAUUGAUGAUUUAGAGGGCAUUACCCCUUUCACUUGUAUGGUCUCUUUUGUCGAGUGCUCUUUCAGGUUUUUGCUACUGCACCGUUCACUACAUGCUGACCAGGUUCGAGGUGACAUUCCUUGGGACCCCGGUGGAUUUAGAGCAUGGUGA